GACAUGAUUCUAUAAUUUAACUGACAUGAUUCUAUAAUUUAACUGACAUGAUUCUAUAAUUUAACUUCUACUACAUCUACUUGAUCAUCAUGUCUAAACCUGUAAAAUUAUCUAAUGCAUCAGAUUAUGAAGCUUUUCUUGAUAAAUACGAUACUUUUUUAAUCGAUUGUGAUGGAGUAAUAUGGCUUGAAAAUAUCGUAAUUCCAAACCUUAGAGAAGCAUUAUCCUUAUUGCGGAAGAAAGGAAAAAAUUUAUUAUUUGUGUCUAAUAAUAGUGCAAAAUCUCGAAAAGGAUAUAAGAAAAAAUUUGAAAAAUUAAAUAUUGAAAUUUAUGAUGGAGAAAUUUUUGGAUCAGCUUAUGCCUCAGCAUAUUAUCUUAAAAAUAUUGUAAAAUUUCCAAGUGAUAAGAAAGUAUAUGUUGUAGGUGAUGUUGGAAUUACUGAAGAAUUGGAAUCUGAAGGAAUUCGUUUUGCUGGUGCUGCCGAAGAUGUUAAAUUCGAUGGUACCGAUUGGACUUUUGCCAACAUUAAGCAAGAUCCUGAAGUUGGAGCAGUUCUCUGUGGUUUCGAUAUAAAUAUUAAUUAUUUAAAAUAUGCUAAAGCAUACACUUAUCUUCAUUCAAAUCCCGGAUGUCUUUUCUUAUUAACCAAUGAUGAUUCAACAUUUCCAGCGAGUGGAUCAACUUUCCCGGGUGGAGGAGCUAUUGCAGCACCUUUAAUUACAGCAUUAGAUAGAAAUCCUGAUGCUGUAUUAGGUAAACCCAAUAAACCCAUGUUAGAUUGUAUUGUACAAAAAUUAAGUUUAAAUCCUGAACGUACUUGCAUGAUUGGUGAUCGUCUUAGUACUGAUAUUUUAUUCGGUAUCAAUGGUAAUCUUGGUACUUUAUUAGUUUUAACUGGAGUUACUGAAGAAAAAGAUAUCCUAGCUGAGAAUGCUCGCAUAAUUCCAGAUUAUUAUAUUUCAAGUCUUGGUGAUAUUGCCACACUUAAUACAUAAAUAUUAUAGUAAUAUAAUGCAUUUAUUUCAAUAAAAAUAUUUUCUCUUAAAUAUAAUUCACAUUGUCAUUAUUGAGUAUAUGCUUUACAACUAUUCCACCAAGUGUUAAUUCGUCACUAGGACAAGCCGAAAAAAAGGGUUACAAAAGACUGAUACAUUCCGUAAUUUCUGGUUAACCCUCAUGUUCUAAACGAGCUAAUGCUUGAGACACGGAAAACCCUACAAAUCCUGUAGCUCCAAAUACUAAAACUUUAACCUUUGUUUCGAAAAAAAAAUUUUCACUCAAGCCAUUUAU